GCCUUCCGCAUCGAGCACCCGGAGCUGAGAACCGUGUCCUUGGACCUGGCGGACGCCUCGGCUUCAGGCUUGGCCAGGCAGCUGCAGCUGCGGCGCAGCGAGCCCGAGCUGGCGGUGAGGAACGGCACUUCGCAUGUGCCGCGACUGGUGGUUGCCACUUCGAGGCUGCAGAACGCACAGAGCGGCCAGCCGGUGGAUCCCGACUUCGGGGAAGGACUCUACGUCGUCACGGGCGGCACCGGUGCCCUUGGCCUCGUCUUCGUGGACUGGAUGGUCCGCUGCGGUGCGCGGGGCCGGUUUGCUUUGCUGUCCCGAAGCGGUCAGCCUCAGGCCGACUCGAAGGCCGCCUUCCGCAGGCUCGAAAAGGAGAAGGAGGCUCAGGUGGAGAUCUCGGCGUGCAAGUGCGACAUCAGCUCCAGAGCUGACCUCCUGCGCGUGCUCACGAAAGAGAACGACCAGGGUCACGUUGUCAAGGGCAUCCUGCAUGCAGCCGGAACAUUGGCAGAUGGCCUCAUCAAGACUGGGCAAAGCCGCGCGACGCUGAAGGCUGCGUGCUCGGCGAAGGUGGACGGCUCCCUUCAGCUGCACACAGUGGCCGCCGAGCUGGGCCUGCCCCUGGAGUUUAUGUGGCUCUUCUCCUCGGCAGCCGCUAUAAUAGGCUCGGUCGCGCAAGGCAACUACUGUGCUGCCAACGCCUUCAUGGAUGCCAUGGGCGCCCGCAGACGUGCCAAGAACUUGCCUGCCAUCUCUGUGCAGUGGGGGCCAUGGGCAGACGUGGGCAUGGCAGCCCGG